AUGCAGGAGGCCCUCCAGAUGUGCUCCAAGGCAGCCAACGAGACCAGCUCCAUGAAAGCGGCAAGCAUGGCUUGCUGCGCUUGGGGCGAUGUGCUCAUGAGGAGCCGCGAGUGCUGCAACGUGCCCGGACCGCCAUACUGCAUCAGCCACGGCAACUCCAAGUUGGUGGCCCUUGCUGCAGUGCUAGCUGCCGUGGCUGCAACCGUGUUGCCAAAGCUGCAGAUGUGCUGCCGACGGCCCGAUUCCAGGAGUGGGUCCUGCUUGGAGUCCUUCUUCGCUCCCAGCCUCUUCCGCACCCCGCGGACCCGGGCCUCGAUGAUGGUCGCCGACGUCCAGUCCUUGGAGCGAGGUGGCAUCGAGGCCGACGGAGCUCUCAUGGAGCAUCUAAAGCAGUGCUGGAGCGGUGACCGACGUGCCUUGGCGGGCCAGGACGAGAUGUCAGAGUUGCGAAAGGAUUGCGCUUUCUUUUGCACAUCGCUUCGCACGCUGCCUGCGGGCGACUUCUGGCGGGAUCAGGCCGCCACAGCCUUCGCAAAGCUCCAGUCGGCCUUCGGAUUCCAGGAGGACUCGGUGAAAUGUCAGUUCGAGCACUUUCUUUCUCUGUGGCGCUCGCACUGUGCUGUGGUGGCCGACCGCCUGAAGCUGCCUCCGAACGACGGGGUGGGUUGCAGAAGCCUCGAGGAGGAUCUUCUCAAAAGGGGCAUGGAUGAGCUCCACGAGGACCUACUUCGUGGUCUGCGAUGGUGGCGAGCGACGUUCCAGGAUCAAGGUGUCAAGCUGGGGGUCACCCCAGAAGGACCCGAUGAGUCUCCACGAUACCAGGGCUCCAUGAGCAUCUCGACUUCCCUCCAGGUGGAGGUGAAGUGGUGUGUCCCCGAGCCCGCGGAGCGUGCGCAAUUCACUCAGUACCAAGCAGCGAAGCCAACUCUUGCGAAGCUAGAGGAAGUGGCAACGUUCCUUCUUGUCUGGGGCGAAGCAGGCAACCUGCGAUUCAUGCCAGAGAUGCUGUGCUUCAUCACACAACUGGCGCUAGAUGCCGAGCCGGUGCAUUGUGAGGACAUAG